CUAGUAUAUUUUUGAAGAUUUUUACUUUUUGUACCUAAUUUUUGAUUAUUUAUUGUGGUUUCACGUGAAUUUUACCAAUACAAUGCCUGGGCGUCAGUAUAAAGCGCCGGAAUACCCGGGAUGCGUACAGUUUAAGAAAGAAAGACCUAACUUUCCUAUAACAGAAGAAGUACUACAUCAAAUGACUCUAGACACCGAGAUCCUGCCGCUAUAUGAGAUGAAGAUCGAUGAUUACCAACGCUUCCAUCACGGCUCUCUGCGCACCAACAACAUGCUAUACUGUCGCUGGAAAGAAUAUCUCGCCAAGGUUUUCACGACCAAACGAGAGCCUUUCUUGUUCCCUUUGAAUUCAGACCUCCACUUCUAUAAUAAUUUAGUAUAUUAUAGACCUCAAGACACUGUUACUAACAAGACGGACAUUCGAAGACAUUUCUUCCAAGGUCCAAGGUAUGACCAUCUUGGACAAAUACCACUUGUCCAUGAUCUGCGGUUUAGGAAACCCGAUAAUCCAGUUACGACGAAGGUGGAAAAGAAGGUUAAUAAAAAGAGAAGGCAAAAGGCUAAUAAUUAAACUAUUCUUAAUGCUUUUGCGUUUUAUCGAUGAUUUAGCCAAUAGUAUGCGUUAAAGGAACUAUGCAGCAACGAUUUCGAUGUUAAAAAUGUAAUAUUUUCACCUGUCAUUAUGCGCUAUAAAAUGAAUUACAUUUGAAAAGUUUUCAUUUUUGACAGCGAAAUCGCUCUCUUUCGCUUCGCUUUUGUUGCUUAACACUGAUGUCGGUUGCCCUUUAUUUUUAAACUAUUUUUGGUCUAAUCGAAAGUUUAUUUCAAGCAAAUAAAAUGCCGGCCGAUUUAUCGUAAUCGUCAAAUAAUACCUAUAUUUAUCAGAGGAAUUAAU